CCACCAUCAGUCAGUGGGAUCCUGAGCUAGCUUGCCUGGGGCAUUUGGCUUGAGACACACACACCAUAUGAUCAGCUGGAGAUUCCCAGCUUGUUAGUUCUACAAAGAUAUCUAACUCACCACUGGAAUAAAGGCUUCCGAACUGAUCUAGUCAUCAGGCAACUAGUUGCAGCCCGGCGAUUCAGAAGCUCUCUGGUGGGACAAAUUGCGGUUUCAGGCUACGAAAAUGAGUCAUUCAAACGAGGCGGAUGCUACACAUACUCGACGACUUCGCACCGAUGAUCUGGGAGAGAGUGGAACCAUUCCCACCAAUGGAGUAUCAUCCGAGGACAGGUCCUUGGUUCACAGCGUGGGAGUUCCUCCCACUUCCAGCUUCGGAUCACAAAUCAAAGAUGCAGUGAGGGAGACAUUCUUUGCUGACGAUCCCAUGAGACAUUUCAAGGGCCACACGGGCAAGAAGAGGUGGUUUGUAGGCCUCGCUUACAUCUUCCCCAUUCUCGACUGGGUGCCUAAGUACAAGUUGAGUAUGCUCAAGGGUGACAUCGUGGCCGGACUCACCAUUGCUAGUCUCGCCAUCCCACAGGAUCUUGGAUAUGCAAAGCUGGCGAACUUGGACCCAAUCCAUGGCUUAUAUUCCAGCUUCGUUCCACCGCUGGUUUACUCGGUGCUCGGGAGUUCGAAGGAUAUUGCCAUCGGGCCUGUCGCGGUGGUGUCAAUUAUUUUGGGUCAACUGCUCAAGGAUGAGAUGGACCCGAAACUUAACAAAGUGGAAUACCUGCACCUUGCUUAUACGGCAACAUUUUUCGCUGGAGUCGUACAGGCAGGCCUCGGACUCUUCAGACUUGGAUUCAUCAUCGACUUUCUAUCUCAUGCGGCGAUUAUUGGAUUCAUGGCCGGAGCCGCAGUCACCAUUGCUCUUCAGCAGUUGAAGGGACUUUGUGGAAUUACAAGUUUCACGACCAAAACUGACGUUGUUUCCGUGAUGAGAUCAGUGUUCUCCAACACCGACCAGUGGAACUGGCAGACGAUAGUCUUGGGAUUAUUCUUCCUCGCCUUCCUUCUGAUCACGAAGCGCAUCUCAAAAAUCAGGAAGAACCUCUUCUGGGUUGCCGCCAUCGCACCUCUGACAUCCGUAGUUUGUGCGACUCUCUUCGUGUACCUGACUCGCCUAGACAAACAUGGAGUCAAAAUUGUGACGAAAAUCGAGCAGGGAGUCAACCCACCUUCUUUCAAUGAUAUUUUCUGGAGCGGUCCUAAUCUGGCCACGGGUUUCAAAAUCGGCCUCGUUUCGGGUCUUAUCGCUUUGACGGAAGCGGUUGCAAUUGGGAGGACCUUCGCAGCCUUGAAAGACUACCACAUCGAUGGCAACAAGGAAAUGAUUGCUAUUGGUACAAUGAACAUCGCUGGAUCAUGGACUUCGUGCUAUGUGGCAACAGGUUCCUUUUCGAGAUCGGCAGUCAAUUACCAGUCCGGGUGUCACACAGCUUUGGCCAACAUUGUCAUGGCAAUCGUGGUGCUUUUCACUCUUCUGUUUUUGACCCCACUCUUCUACUACACACCUAACUGCAUCCUUUCGGCCAUCAUCAUUUCUGCUGUGAUCAACCUCAUCGACUUCCAGGCUGCUUUCCUGGUUUGGAAAACCGACAAGGUCGACUUCCUCGUUCUAGCCGGAGCCUUCUUCGGUGUCUUCUUCGUCUCCGUCGAGAUCGGUCUUCUCGUUGCUGUUGUCAUCUCCUUCGGCAAGAUUCUGCUCCACGUUACCAGACCACACACUGCUCUCUUAGGUAACAUCCCCGGCACCACCGUGUACCGAAAUGUCAUUCAAUACCCCAACGCCACCUCCGAACCUGGUAUUGUCAUCAUCCGCGUGGACGCAGCAAUCUAUUUCUCCAACUCCAACUACAUCCGCGAGAGAAUCUUGAGGUACGUCAAUGAAGCUGAAGACCAAGUUGCGGAAACUAAUGGAACCCCGGUCCAGUUUGUGAUCAUUGAAAUGGCCCCUGUGAUGAGCAUCGACACUGCAGCAAUCCAUGCUUUCGAAGAAUUGAACAUGGCUCUAAAGAAGAGAGGAAUUCAGUUGACAAUUUCGAACCCAGUCGGAAGAGUUAUCAUGAGCUUCAAGGAUGGAGGCUUUGUGGACCUUCUGGGCCAAGAGUGGUUCUUCCUGUCAGUUUCAGAGGGAGUCCAGAUCUGCUCCAUUAUCGUUAAGAGGAACCAGCACGCUUUGAAGGAAGGAGCCGAGAAUAAAGUUUAGUCUUCUCAUCUAGGUUCGAGGUUUUGUACAGAAACUCCGGCCGCUCCCGUUCAGCAUACAUUAAAAAGACAUUAGAGGCAGAUCGAAUUGCCCGCCCAUCAACAAGCUGUAUCCAUCAGCGGGCCCUUACAGGCAUUGGAAUAAGGACCUCGUCCAGCCUAUCACCAUUUUGACGCGAAGGGCUGAGAUUAUUUAGAAAACUGAAAAUGUUUGGAGUUUCGAAUCACGGAAGAUUGUAGUUAGCUAUUUUGAAUGGGCCCACAAAAUAAAGUCACUCUAGUUUGAAACGUGUUUUGGGCUAUACAUCGCAUUGCAUGCAGAUGCAGUGUUUCUCUUUGCCAGAGGAAAAUGGCACUUAAAUUUAAUAAAAAGGCCGA